CACGGGGUGUGGGUGGCACUGCCAUCCCAUGGUGCGUGGCUUGGGCUUCAAGUUGUGACUGCCAUGAGGGAUUCUCACCUUGUGCCCUCGCAAAAGUGAUUUGGGUUUUAAGACUUUGCGUGUCCCUCAGUGUGACCGAGGAGGACUUUUGGCCACAGCUGCUGCUUUGAAGUGUGUGUCACAGCGCCUGAUGUCACCUUGACAGGCUUGGGGUGAGACGUAGCCGGGCGUGAUGACAACUGCUGGGUGUCUCUGUUGGCAGGUGAAGGAGCUGGUCCUUGAUAACUGCCGCUCGGAUGAUGGGAAGAUCGUUGGUCUUUCUUCAGAUUUUGAGAACCUGGAGUUCCUCAGCAUGAUCAACAUCAACUUGCUGUCUGUCUCCAAUCUCCCUAAACUCAACAAACUCCGGAAGCUGGAGCUGAGUGAUAACAGGAUUUCUGGUGGCCUUGAAGUUCUAGCAGAGAGAACUCCUAACCUGACACACUUGAAUCUAAGCGGCAACAAGAUCAAAGACAUCAAUACCCUGGAGCCCUUGAAAAAGUUGCCAAACCUCCAUAGUCUGGACCUCUUCAACUGUGAGGUGACAAUGCUCAUCAACUACCGGGAGAGCGUGUUCACCCUCCUGCCCCAGCUCACCUACCUGGAUGGCUUUGACGCCGAUGACCAGGAAGCCCCUGACUCAGACCCUGAAGCAGAUGGGGAUGGACUGGAAGAUGAGUAUGAGAAUGGGGAAGGUGAGGAAGAGGAUGAUGAUGACGACGAAGAUGAUUUGGAUGAAGAAGUCAUCGAUGACGAAGAAGAUGAAGAUGAUGAUCUGGAAGGUGAAGAGGAGGAGGAUGGAGUAGAUGAUGAGGAGGAAGAUGAGGAAGAAGACGGUGAGGAUGAUGAAGAAGAUGAAGCUGAUGAUGACCUUCCACGAGGGGAAAAGAGAAAACGAAAUCUAGAGGAUGAAGGAGAGGAAGAUGCAGAAGAGGAAGAGGACGAUGAGGAUGACUGAUCCCAGCAAGCCAAUCAGUUUUACAGACUAUGACUGUGCUUGUCUUAACCUCCCCGUUGUGUCUAUGUGAGACUGUAAAUCCCCGUCUCCCGCUCCUCCCCCCUUUGUAUGGCUGCAGCGUCCACAAUAUAUUUUUUUAAGAUGUAGAAUACUGUAGGCAUUCAGGGGAAUCUUCCAUACAAGGCUCACUUUCUCACAAGUAUCUCAUGACCAAAGGCUUUUCUCCGUUCUGUGGUUUUGUGCAGCAGUUUG